AUGUGUGGUUUGGUGGCAAAUCUCUUGAUCCCGGUAAAUCUGAAACCAGAUCUUUCAGAUAAACCAAUAUGUAGUUCACUCUUUCCCACUAUUACAAGAUCCAAGAGGAAGAACCAAUCUAUUAUUCCUGUUGCAAGAUUAUUUGGACAUGCGAAUUUUGAAGCUUCUAAAUUGAAUGUAUUGUUCUUAGGAGUUGAUGAGAAGAAGCAUCCAUCAAAGCUUCCAAGAACUUACACUCUCACUCACAGUGACGUCACCGCUAAGUUAACUUUAGCUGUCUCUCACUCUAUCAAUAAUUCUCAGCUGCAGGGGUGGGCAAACAGGUUGUACCGGGAUGAAGUGGUGGCCGAGUGGAAGAAGGUGAAAAGUAAAAUGUCUCUUCACGUUCAUUGCCAUAUUAGCGGCGGCCACUUCCUUUUAGAUCUCAUUGCGGAACUUAGAUACUUCAUAUUUUACAAAGAAUUACCGGUGGUGUUGAAAGCAUUUGUCCAUGGAGAUAAGAACUUGCUAAACAAUUACCCUGAGCUACAAGAAGCUCUUGUUUGGGUUUAUUUCCAUUCCAACAUCCACGAGUUCAACAAGGUCGAGUGUUGGGGGCCACUUCGCGAGGCGACUUCCCAAGAUGGUUGUAGAACUCACACGCGUGAAACCCUACCAGAACGGCCUUGCAUGGAUGACUGUAGCUGCUGUUUUCCGGCGGUGAGCACGAUUCCUUGGUCUCACUCCUCGCAUGGCAGCCACGGUGAAGAGGAUGAUGAUACAGCUCUAGUGGGAAGGAAUGUUGUGACUAAGUAUAUGUAUAAUCGUAGUAAACGAAAAUAA